AUGAAAGCUGCCAUGACCCACGUGUCCCACGAUUGGACUAGAGAGGAAGAAGUCGUCCAACUGCUCUGUUGUGGCCAUGAUGCAAUCGGCCAUUUGGAAAUGUGGACCGCUACACAUCCGUGGCCAUCAGCUCCUUACGCUCAUAGUACAACUGAGCGGCCCAGGCAGCGUGCUUCGUCGCACCCCAGAGCUCAGCACCCUCCUCCUCCGCAUUUGCGAAGUCAGAUCCUUCCUCGUGUCCUUGGAAUUGAUCUCUUAUCAAAAUGA